UGAUAAGCUGUGCUAGUGCUGUGAGUGCGUGUUGUGAAUCCAAUUGGAGAGCCGAGCCCUGUGUAUGGAAACUGGGUAUAGAUUACCACAUACUAGCCAUAGCCACAUCCGAUUUCUGAUCGGAAAAAGAGAAACAUACUAAAACACUAAAAGUAUGUCAAAACUUUGGGCAACUUUUGCAUCGUUACUUCAGCUUCAGCUGUUAAUUGUAACCGUUGCACAGGCACCAGAUUUGCCCGAAGGCUUUCCCAAAUGUAAACGAGAUGCCAACUUUGACAAAUGUCUGGUAGAUGCAGUUAAUGUCGCCAUACAACUAUUAAAACCAGGUAAUAAGGAAUUCGGCAUUCCGCCGCUAGAGCCGCUGUCCGUGAAGAAACUUGUUAUAGAUGCCGGCAAUGCGCCAAUAACGUUGCGCCAAACCUUGAAAAAUUUGAAGGUGCACGACAUGAUCUCGACCAGCAAGAUUCAGCGGUAUAGAACUGAUUUGAAUAAACAUUUGAUUAUCUGUGAUAGUAAAACGGAUCGCAUUGAAAUGAUUGGCGAUUAUGAAAUGUCUGGACGCAUUUUACUUUUACCGAUUACGGGUACUGGUAAAGCGAAUAUCACUUUGGUUAAUACCAAAAUCGAGCAUCGUUUAAUUGGCGAACCAUACGAGAAGGACGGAGUGAAGUUUAUGCGCUUGAAGGAAUAUCGUGUUUCAUUCGAUCCCAAGCGAGUGUAUUUGAAAUUUGAGAACUUAUUCAAUGACAAAACCCUGUCGGAGGGAAUGAAUCGUUUUCUAAAUGAAAACUGGGAAGUUGUUUUCAAUGAACUCAAAGUUGGUUAUGCCAAAAGUUUUGGAAUUAUAUUUCGCGGACUUUCAAAUAAAUUAUUUGAAAAAGUUCCGUUCGAUAGCAUAUUUUUAAGUUAAUCAUGAAUUAUCUGUUCAAAUUAUUUAUGUGAUAGUGGUUAAAAAAUAAAAUACGUUUUUCCCAA